CUUAACGUUCUUUAUUCAUAAUACUUACUUUCUAUUACAUAUUGAAUUAUUUUUUUAGUUUCGAUACAAUAUUAAGAAAUGGGCCUAAUACAGUCAGUGUUUUGUUCCAUGAUUUUCUGUGUGGAGAGAGUACUAACAUGGACGUGUUGCGCUUUCGUUCUGAUGCUGCUGAUGUUCGGCGUCAUUGUUUUAAUGGUGUAUGGUAUAUCAGUGGGUUACCACUAUGCUCAAAAAGAACUGGCUUCUUUUGCAAUGUCAUCGAGAUCAACAACAGAGCCUACUCUUAUGCGACGUUCAGGCCAGGAAGGUCGAUCAGUUGUGCGACUAGUCGCCGUCAACAAAACGGAAGUGGAACACGCACCGGAACCUAUACUUGAGGUUUAUCAAACAAAGAGACCUGGAGAAAACGUUUACUUAGAGACAUCUGAAACUCCUUAUGUAGUUCUUGAAACAGAAAGCCCCCCGAAGGAACCAAAACUCUCACAACAGGAACGAGAGUUAGCGCGAACACUAAUCGGUAGAUUUCGUCGAUCAAGAAACAAUACUUCUAUAAAGACACCAUUUUUAAGACCACUAAAUGCAACGGAGCCGGCUUUACUAAAAAGCGCGUCUAAACUGCUUCAUUUUUAGUAUUAUUUUUUGUAUAAUUAUUAUAUUACCGUUUAAAUAAACUAUUAAAACAUU